GACGGGGGAAAGCCUGAACGAUCUUUCCUCUCUUGGGUUUGACCAACUCAACUUUCUCCUCCUUCCUCUCUUCUUCUCGUCUCUCUGUGCAUAUUUCUAUAUAAUUUGCGUCUCCAUUAUCCAAAUCCAUGUUCGAAUAUCCUGACACGCUUCCAAGGGUUUGAUCUCUCCGUUUAACUAUGGGUCUGUGUUUCUCUUCCAUUAGAAUCAGUGGAAGCAGCAGCAAUAGCAGAAGAAGCAACGCCGCCAACCAAACCAAUUCCAACAAUCAGAAUCCCACGACAAGCAGGAACCCUAAACCUGCGGUGAAGAACAAGCAUCAGCAACCGAAGGAGAACGAGAAAGCGUGCACUAAGCGGAGAAGUGGCGCGAUCCCAUGCGGCAAGCGUACAGAUUUCGGGUACGCCAAGGAUUUUCACGAUCACUACACGAUCGGGAAGUUGUUGGGUCACGGCCAGUUUGGCUACACCUAUGUUGCUACUGACAAGGCCAAUGGAGAUCGAAUCGCGGUUAAGAGACUCGACAAGAGUAAGAUGGUUUAUCAGAUUGCUGUCGAGGAUGUAAAACGAGAGGUUCAGAUACUGAAAGCGCUGUCAGGCCACGAGAACGUUGUUCAGUUUUACAAUGCCUUUGAGGAUGAAAACUAUGUGUAUAUAGUCAUGGAGUUGUGCGAGGGGGGAGAAUUGCUGGAUCGGAUAUUGGCCAAGAAAGAUAGUCGGUACUCUGAGAAAGAUGCAGCGGUUAUCGUAAGGCAGAUGCUCAAAGUCGCAGCUGAAUGCCAUUUACACGGUUUAGUACAUAGAGAUAUGAAGCCAGAGAAUUUUUUGUUCAAAUCAGCAAAAGGGGACUCUCAUCUGAAGGCUACUGAUUUUGGUUUGUCAGACUUCAUAAAACCAGGUAAAAGGUUCCAUGACAUUGUGGGUAGUGCCUAUUAUGUUGCUCCCGAAGUACUGAAACGCAGAUCGGGGCCUGAAUCAGAUGUUUGGAGCAUUGGUGUAAUUACAUACAUUUUGCUUUGCGGGAGACGCCCCUUUUGGGAUAGGACAGAAGAUGGUGUAUUUAAGGAGGUCUUGAGGAAUAAACCUGACUUCCGUCGUAAACCAUGGCCUACUAUAAGUGAAAGCGCGAAAGAUUUCGUGAAGAAGUUGCUCAUAAAAGACCCACGAACACGACUAACUGCUGCCCAAGCCCUAUCUCAUCCGUGGGUCAGAGAAGGCGGGAACGCAUCUGAGAUCCCUAUUGACAUAUCUGUGCUGAACAAUUUGCGUCAGUUUGUGAAGUAUAGCCGGCUAAAACAAUUUGCUUUGCGGGCUCUUGCUAGUACAAUUGAUGAGGCAGAGAUUGCUGACCUCAGGGAUCAGUUUGAUGCAAUUGAUGUGGACAAAAAUGGUGUAAUCAGCCUUGAAGAGAUGAGACAGGCACUUGCUAAAGAUCUUCCUUGGAAACUGAAGGAUUCUCGAGUCAUAGAGAUUCUUCAAGCGAUUGAUAGCAACACCGACGGGUUAGUGGAUUUCUCAGAGUUUGUUGCAGCCGCACUACACGUUCAUCAACUGGAGGAACAUGACUCUGAGAAAUGGCAGCUAAGAUCACGGGCUGCUUUCGAGAAGUUUGACCUUGACAAAGAUGGCUACAUAACACCAGAGGAACUUAGACUGCACACUGGAUUAAGAGGGUCCAUAGACCCACUUCUGGAAGAAGCAGACAUCGACAGAGACGGGAAGAUAAGCCUGCAAGAGUUCAGGAGACUUCUAAGGACGGCGAGCAUUAGUUCGCAGCAAGUUCCGAGCCCAUCCACCCAUCAAAAUCUUCGCAAGUAAAUUAUUAUUUACUGGCUGUAUUUUUUUACAAGAUACGUAUAGCAAGAGAUGAGAGAGGGAGAAGGACCCAGAUUUCAGCCUUCUGACCUGCAAAUCCCCUACCAUGAGAUUCAUGGACUAAGGUUAAGGUUAGUCUCCUCUCCUUGCAUUUGGGAUUUUCAGGGGAAAGAUGUUAAAAAGAAAAUGUAAGAAUACAAUGAAGUGAAGCUGGAGGGUGAUUGUUAUGUAUUGAUAUAUGUCGCGGUAUGCAAAAGGGGAACGAUCAGUGUGUUGUGUAGUUGUAAGUUUUGUUUUUUUACCGAGUGUGGUGAAAAUGAAAGAUGAGUUCGUAAUACUGAAUGAGCUUACACUCGGGGAAGAGAAAGCACCUCUUUUGUUUUUUUUUUUUUGGUUAUAAACCUCUUCUUGACGCCAUGGUUUCCGGCGGUCAAGCUCACACGGCGGGUGACUAGAACAAAAGUCUCUGGACAGCGUUACACGUGGCGCUCCCUCAUUCGAGCACCUAAAUAUGUCUGGUCUUGUAUUUUUUGUAUUCUAUAUCUUUGCUUUACAGCCAUGAGAAGAAGCAAAGCCGUUGAUGGUUGGGUGGGUGGCCACUCUGACUCUAUAGUAUCCGCCACCUCUUUUUGUUC